GUCAGUUUUCAACCGACAGUUUUGCUUUAUCCUUUGGCGUCAGUCUCUUAGAAAAAGAUGACUACGGUGGGCUAGCAAGAUCGGAACGACAAAACGUUAAUGUUUAUAAAUUAGCGGUUUUAUUAGCUUAAUUUGCAGAGUAAUAACACAAAAGAAGCUGCGUUAGCCAUCCGUUAAGAUGCCUCUCCGGGCCGGCGAGCGGCAUGGCGGUGGCAGGUUUAAAUGCUUCCUUGUUCUACUUAACAUCGUGUUGUUUUCAACCGGAGUUACAGCAACUCAAGAAGAGAAUAAAGUCAUUCACGUAGAGCAGCCCGCGGAGCUGCAGAAGGCAACCACCGGUCAUGCUCCCGGCCCGGAAGUGAUCAUCAAUGAACCCAAUAAUGGAAACCUUGGGUUUAUUCAUGCCUUCGUGGCAGCUAUCUCGGUUAUCAUUGUCUCUGAACUGGGAGACAAGACGUUCUUCAUUGCAGCCAUCAUGGCUAUGCGCUACAAUCGCCUCACUGUUUUGGCGGGUGCCAUGUUGGCUUUGGGACUCAUGACAUGUCUGUCAGUCCUGUUUGGUUACGCCACCACCAUUAUCCCACGGAUCUACACCUACUACAUAUCAACAGCGCUGUUUGCCAUCUUUGGGGUGAGGAUGCUGAGGGAGGGACUGAGGAUGAGUGCUGAUGAAGGGCAAGAGGAGCUGGAGGAGGUCCAGGCUGAGAUAAAGAAAAAAGAUGAGGAGCUUCAGCGCUAUAAGAUGGCCAACGGCGCACCAGAUGUGGAAGCGGGGUCGACGGCGAACUUGUUGCCUCAGAGGAAGUGGCACAGUGUGAUCUCACCCAUAUUCAUUCAGGCACUCACCCUCACCUUCCUCGCCGAGUGGGGUGACCGCUCUCAGCUUGCAACCAUUGUGCUGGCUGCAAGAGAGAAUCCAUUUGGAGUAGCAGUUGGGGGAACUUUGGGACACUGUCUGUGCACAGGACUGGCUGUUAUCGGUGGAAGGAUGGUGGCUCAGAAGAUCUCUGUCAGAACCGUUACAAUCAUUGGUGGGAUCGUUUUCCUUGCCUUCGCGUUCUCUGCCCUCUUUAUCAAGCCCGAUUCUGGAUUCUGAUGGAUGAAGUGACUCUUUGUUUCAUUUUGUACAUACAGUCACCACAGUACAACACAGAAGAAGUGGAACAGAGAGAGACUGCGGAUGCACAAAGACUGCAGAUAGCUUGUUUGUUUAUUUGAGUGAAUCUCUUUUGUGUGAAUGAAAGUAUGACUGACUGAAUGAAUGAAUGAAAAACAGUUAACUGCUCAUGUCUUAAUGAGCAUUUCAAUUUUUUGCUUAAUCCCUCAUUUUUUGUCUUUCUUUACUUUCAACCAGACAUUAUUCUGUUUUUAGGUGAUCUUUAUUUCUCCAGUAUGCCACCUAACAGUAUACUUGAACUUGCCAGAUGUUUGUCGUUGGACAUAGUAACAUUUUAAAUAACAAAUCAUGAAUCUUGUUUCUAUAUUGUUUUACCUCUGUUUGAGCAGUGCACUAUGGAUAAAUGCUGGCCUGGGUCCAGUCUAUUUUAUUUCAGUUCAAGCUUACUUGACUACAACAGAUGUGAAACUACAACCAAAUGAAGACGAGCACCGUUACCCUUCCCUAUGACAUCUUGUGCCGUCUACCCACUGCACAGCAGUAAAUCUACUCGUGUCUCAGGAGUAUUUAGUGGAUAAGAACCUCAGCAAUAUAACAGUCAUAUUCCCUCAUCAAUGACAAACUACAGUUCUGAAUUGAACACUGAAGAAUUCUUUAGGAACUGCCUGGUGUCUUAACUGCCUGUUGAUGGUUUGUCCUUUAUUCAUACCAUAUUACCAAAGGCUCGAAAUGUAGUAUAAAAUGAUGUGGGUUCAUCAUCACAUUACAUCACAUGUGGCCUUUAAACCCAGUCAUGGUAUUUACUGGUCAUCAUUGUGCACUCAUAAAUGCAUCGGUGUUCACUCCUCCCCUCUGCGUCACUGGUCAUAAAGUGCUAAGAACAGUCAUGCUUUCACAAACUUCCCUGAAAGAGGCACACAGCAUUUAGUGUGCAGUCUCUUUCUCAAGAAAUCGUAACUAUCAUUUCUGAAGUCUGCCCUUUUCCUCAGAACUGUUUUUAUUUAUUCUACUGUGGAGCACAGAUACUGAUAUUUUGUCAUGGUUGAAGAAUUUGUUCAGUUGAGAAGAUGGGGGUUCUUUUUUUUUUUUUUUUUUGUAACAUUUUCAGGGUGACUUUGUCAAUAUUUGACAGGGGUUAAAAAGUGUGAUGAACUUUAGAGGAACUACAAAAAUGUUAUUCCUGUAAAUAUUGAAUAAAAAGGUCAGUCUCAGUC